CCUCCUCUUUCCUCUCUCCCUCUCUUCAGGACGUGUUGGUCCCGGUGUGUGAUUCCUUUCUGUGCCGAACAGUGCCUACCCAUCUAUUUUCCUUCCUGGCCUGCGUGCUGCGCUAGUGACAAGAUCAUGGCUGCCUUCAAGGGGAUCUGGACGCAGGAGUUUUGGCGUUGCGUCGGGGCGGAGUUCCUGGCCAUGAUGAUCUUCGUGCUCCUCAGCCUGGGUUCCACCAUCAACUGGGCGGUUGAGGAGGAGCAUCCACCCCACCCUGACCUGGUCCUCAUCUCCCUUUGCUUCGGACUCAGUAUCGCCACCCUGGUCCAGUGCUUCGGACACAUCAGCGGUGCCCAUAUUAACCCUGCGGUGACCACUGCCAUGGUGGUGACCCGGAGACUCAGCCUGGCAAAGGCUGUGUUUUACCUGCUGGCCCAAUGUCUGGGGGCCGUGGUGGGGGCGGCUGUGCUCUACGGGGUUACUCCAGGCUCCGUCAGGGGCGAGAUGGGCGUCACAUCAGUGAACACCAGUAUCUCCGUGGGUCACGCUCUGGUGAUAGAAUUCUUCAUCACCUUUGAGCUCGUCUUCACCGUGUUCGCCACCUGUGACUCCAAACGCAGUGACCUGAAGGGCUCGGCUGCCCUGGCCAUCGGCGUCUCUGUCUGCAUUGGACACCUGUUUGCUAUCCCCUUCACUGGUGCCAGUAUGAACCCUGCUCGAUCAUUUGGACCUGCCAUGGUCACCUGGAGCUGGGAGAACCACUGGGUGUACUGGGUAGGCCCAGUGCUGGGCGGUGUGACAGCCGCAACUCUGUAUGAGUACUUGUUCUGUCCCGACCCUGAGCUGAAGAGACGUUAUACUGAGGUCCUUUCCAAGACUGGCUUCACCUCCACCAAAUAUCGAGAGGUCCAGAGCAGCUUAAGGGUAGACCGUGACCAACUGGCCAAAGAACACCCCUUCACCGUGAUGGAUGUGGAGAGAGCUGAACAGAAGGAGAGGGAGAGGGAGACGUCAGGGGAGGUGCUCUCCUCUGUAUGACUAGUGAGGUGCACUGGGAGAGAAGACCAGACCACUGUACAGUCCCUUAACCCAUACCCUCCCCUCAAAGAGACUGACCUCUUAUAGAGACUGAUCUCUGCUGGACUGACAUCUCUAAUGCUGACCGACCUAAAGACUUUCUCUUAUGACUGACUUGACAUCUUAUGGAGACUGACUUGCUACGCAAACUGACAGUCAAAGACUGUAGACUGACUAUAGACACAACAAUAGACUUGCCUUCUGUAGAGAUAUAGACAGACUUAACACAUACAGCAUACUUUGUAUGUAGACACUUGCAAUAUAGACACAAACACAGACCAAC